AUGAAUCGUGUAGAAGCAUUGCGUGAAUUGAUAAAACAACAUCAAUGUGAUGCAUAUCUGAUCACGGAUAGUGAUGGUCACUAUACAUUCUAUUCAUUAUCACAAGAAAAUCGUCGUCUCAACUGGAUUACAGAAUGUCAAGCACAAUGUGGAUUAGCUAUUGUCACUUUACAUGAUGGAGCAUUCUUUCAGACUCCACCCAAUUAUCGAUUAUUAGCAAAAGUGGAAGUCAAUACUGAUGUGUGGACUCUUGUCGAUGAUCUUGCCCAAUGGAUUAGUAAUCAACGGUUGUCAUUGAGAAGAAUUGCUUAUGAUCCUCGUUUGACACCUCUAUUCGUUAUUGAACAAUUCUCUGCUUUGAAGUCGAGUCUUUAUCCAAUCGAUUCAUCAAAUAAUUGGAUCGAUAUCAUUUCUAAAACAGAAACAUCUAGUGAACGAUCAACAUUAACAUCCAUUUGGUCACUGGAUGAACUUCGUUUUGCUGGACAAACAAGUGCAGAAAAAGAUCUUCCUUAUGAAAUUCAUCCGUAUGAAAGUUUCUUUACCUUUCUUUCAACAUUGAAAGAAAAAGAUGUGUGGCUUGAUGAACGUACAUCUGUUACUGUCCUUCAACAUCUUCCAUCUACUGCUGUUCGUGUCUCUCGUUCACCAAUCCAACAGAUGAAAGAGAUAAAAAAUUCCGUAGAACUCGAAGGAUUUCGUCAAUGUCACUUUCGUGAUUGUGCUGCCGUGUGCCAAACCUUCGAAUGGCUUCAAAAAAACAUGGAGAAUGAUGCAUCAAAUGUUACUGAAGUCGAUGUAGCUAAGUAUCUUGAGAAUAGACAACGAGAACAAGCAUAUUUCAUUUCUAUUGCCUUUGAUACAAUUUCUGCGUCAGCAAUGAAUACAGCUUUGGUUGAAUAUUCACCCUUCGCUGCGAAGACGAAAAAAAUCGUUAGUCGCGACUUGUUUUAUCUUGAUGGUGGUGGCAAUUAUCUCGAUGGAACAACCGACAUGACACGUACUCUUCAUUUCGGACAAGCGACACAAGAACAAAUUCAAUGUUACACUCUCUUAUUAAAAGCGAUUCUUUCUAUUGAAAUGACGGGAUUCUCAUCCGAUGACACUCUUACUGGAUGUUACAUUCAUUCAUUGUUGAAAGCGCAAUUUGCUUCUAUCAACGAUGCAAAUGAACAUCUUUCGUUUGGUCAUGGAGUAUCACAUGGAAUGGGAGUGAUUGAAGGUGGGAUUUCCAUAUGCGAUAGUCAGUCUUUUGCGACUUCGAUUCCCAUUCGACCCGGAAUGGUAAUCACACUUGAACCUGGCAUUUUCUUUGAAGGAAAAUGGGGAAUACGAAUCGAGAAUGUCUAUGAAAUCAUGGAAGAUGAACAACGAUUGAUUCAUUUCAUUCCAUUAACUUUGCUGCCUUAUUCUCGUUCAUUGAUUGAUAUCAAUCUUCUUACUCCAGAAGAAAUGAUAUGGAUUAAUGCUUAUCAUCAACGGUGCCUUCAGUAUGUUGAUGGAGGAACGUGGAUGAAACAACAGAUUGACCUCUUCCUCUAG